AUGUUCCAAGGAAUGAGGGAUAUUAGUUGUAAGGUUAGAUUGGAGAAACUUACAGCAAAAGAGAUCAAGAAAGGGUUCACGCAAUCAAGCUGCCUGCUAAGACACCAGCGAGUUCACACUUGGGAGAGGCUGAUCAAAUGCUCCAAGUGUUCGAAGGGAUUUAAAUCUUCCCAUCUGCUCUCACACCAGCAGUUCACGGCUGGAGUGGAGCUGUUCUCCUGUUCUUUGUGUGGGAAGGAAUUCACUGAUUCAUCCAGUCUGCAGAAGCACCGGCGAUUCACAAUGGAGAAAGGCCAUUCAUCUGCUCAUUGUGGGAGCUUGCAUGGGAAGAUAAAGCUGCUAAGGCAGCAGCACGUGGUUGGAAGAAUGGGCAGUGGUAAAAAUCUCAUUCAAAUAGUCAAAAGAAGGAACAAUAAAACAUUAAACAGAGUUCAAGUACACCCAUUAAUAGAAACAGAGGAAGUUAGCCAAGUGCAGCUAGAAGAAUCCUGUGGGAAAUGCUCCAAAACCUCAAGAGACCUGAUAUCCCACCAACGUGUUCACUCUGAGGAGAGGCCAUUCAGGUGCUCUCUCUGUGGGACUGGGUUCGAGCGAUCAUCUGACUUCACAGAGCACCAGCAGGUUCACACUGGGAAGAGACCGUUCAGCUGCCCUGAGUGUGGGAGGGGAUUCACUCGGUCGUCCAUCUUGGAGAGACACCAGCAAGUUCACACUGCGGAGAGAUUUUUCAAAUGCCCGGACUGCAGGAAGUGCUACAGAAGCUCUUGGGGACUGAAUUGUCAUCAACGUAUUCACACUGAGGAGAGACCUUUCAAAUGUUCAGACUGUGAGAAGUGCUUUAGCAAUUCUGUAGAACUGAAGUCUCAUCAACGUGUUCACGCUGAGGAGAGACCUUUCAAAUGCUCAGAAUGUGGGAAUCACUAUACAAGUUCCUGGGGACUGUUUUAUCAUCAACAUGUUCACAUUGAAGAGAGACUUUUCAAAUGUCUAGUCUGUGGGAAGUGCUGUUGA